AUGGUGAUUGAGCCUUACACAAACCGUCCCGUUGCCAUUCUCGGCGGCGGAGCCCUGGGCCGGCGCAUCGCUUGCGUCUUCGUAGCAGCUGGUUACAACGUUCACGUGCAAGAUCCAUCCACGGAGGCCCUGCAGGAUGUCGCCGACUACAUUGACACACACAAGCAAGAGUUCUCUUUGAUGCCGCGAACCAGCAUGGGCAAGGGAGACGGCAUUGACAAACGUGAGGAGAACAGGGCUGUCGAGGGUGGACUGAGCGACACGGGCGUUUCGACCGUUGACUUUGGAUCUCAAUCCCAGUCACAGUCACGCUUUGGAAACUGCAAGACAUUCACAGGGAUUGGGCCUGCGGUCAGCAAUACUUGGCUCGUCAUCGAGGCUAUUCCUGAGAAGCUGGAUCUCAAGAUUGCGACUUUCCGUGAGCUGGAUGAGAAAUGUCCGGCGGAUUGUAUUAUUGGGUCGAAUAGCUCUUCUUUCAAGUCGAGUUUGAUGGCAAGUAAGAUAUCGACUGAGCGGAAGAGAAGAUUCCUCAAUAUACACUUUACCAUGCCACCCUUGAUUCGGACUGUGGAGAUGAUGACUUGUGGAGAGACCGAUCCCAAGGUCUUUUCUUAUCUAGAGGCCGUCCUGGGCGAGUGUGGACUGUUGCCAGUGACCGCACGACGAGAAUCGACAGGGUUCAUCUCCGACCGCCUCUGGGCAGCCGUGAGAUGCGAGCUCAUGAACAUCUUCUCCGACGGCGUUAGCGAACCCAGCGAAAUCGAUCUCCUCUGGGAACACAUAUUCAAGAACGGACCCGUCCCUUGUAAACUCAUGGACCAAGUAGGUCUCGACAACAUAGCCAAAAUCGAAGACAUCUACACCCAGGAACGGGGUCUCGACUCCCAAAAGACCGUCGAUUGGCUCCGCGGAAACUAUAUCAAACAAGGCCGACUCGGCCAAAAGAGUCCAAAGGGCGGCUUAUACCCUCCCAUCAUCAAAUCCGCUCCCGUCAAAGCCCAAUCUGCGAACUCUCACACCGCAACAAAGGACAUUUACCUGCUCGACGUGGGCCUGGGCGGAAACGCGCGCGACGUCUCAAAAGUCCACACCAACGGAAAAAUCCUGCGUUUGAACUUGGCAACGCACAAGCUCACCCCGAUCGUCGUGGAUCAGAAUCUACCAGACGGAAUAGACGUUUCCCGCGAGACGCAACGCAUCUUCUGGACGAACAUGGGUCAUAGCACAGCCGCAUGCGACGGUUCAGUGUGGACGGCCAAUCUAGACGGAAGCGAGAUCCGGUGUCUGAUUCCAGAAGGAAAAGUGCAUACGCCCAAACAAAUCGCCGUCGUCGACAGUCGGAAGCAAAUGUAUUUCUGCGAUCGAGAGGGUACGAGCGUGCACCGCGUCAACUUUGAGGGUAGCAACCACCAAAUCAUGGUCCAGCGUUGCGUCACCGCGGACAUGAAACUCGGCGAGCAAAUGCGCAUGUGGUGCGUCGGCAUCGCAAUCGAUGAAAAGCGUAGUCUCAUGUACUGGACGCAAAAGGGUCCUAGUAAAGGUGGUCGAGGCCGAAUCUUUCGCGCUGGCUUGGAAAUUCUACCCGGUGAGACUGCUGAAAAUCGGUCUGAUAUUGAGUGCUUGUUCGAUGGGUUGCCGGAACCGAUUGAAGUUAAUAUUGAUAGGGAUACGCAGGAUUUAUAUUGGACGGAUCGUGGGGAGCAUCCGAUGGGUUCUUCGUUGUAUCAAGCUUAUGUUGGUGGGGAGCAGGUUGCUAUGCAGAAGUUGGAUCGGGAGAAUAAUGUUGUUUAUGUGGCAGAUUUGGGGGGUACUUUGUAUUCCGUUGGGUUGGAUGAUGGGAGGAAGGUGGAAUUGGUCAAGAAUGAUGGGUGUUAUACGGGGAUUACUUUGGUUUAG